AUGAUAAAGUUACGAAUUCGAGACAUCAAUCCCCACAUCGUCUGUUCGCUGUGUGCUGGUUACUUCAUUGAGGCUACAACAAUCACAGAAUGCUUGCACACCUUCUGCAAAAGUUGUAUAGUGAGAUUCCUACAGACGAGUAAAUGUUGUCCCCAGUGUGGCCUAAAAGUACAUGAAACUCAGCCACUCUUGAAUUUGAAACCGGAUAGAGUGCUUCAGGACAUUAUAUUCAAGCUGGUACCUGGCCUCUAUGAAAGUAGAUUCAAAUAA